CACAAAGCUCAGACCGAGUGACGCACAUACGUCAAGUACUCGCCAGGCCUACGUGACGCGCGAGCUGAGAAUCAACUGAUGCUGCUGUGUGUAAAUGAACUCUUUACGUGAUUUCCCAAGAUUUCCGCGCCGCGAAAUGUAUGAAGAAAUGUCAGUAGAAAGAAACUGGACGGACACCGAGACGAGGGCGCUGCUGUACAUCCGACAGGACGAAGAAAUCAGUAGGCAAAUCAGCGGAACGGUUCGCGACUCUCUUAUUUACGCGGAAAUAUCAAAGCUUCUGCGGGCGCAAGGGAUCCACAGAACCAAGCGACAGGUCACCACCAAACUGAAAACACUCAAGCAGAAGUUCCUGAAAAUACUCGAGCAUCACAAAAACAACGGCCACGGCAGAGUGUACUGGAAUUACUAUGAUCUCUGCAAGUCCAUCUGGGGCAGCAACCGCUCCACAGACGCGUUAACAGUUCAUAAUAACGUCAAACUCGAAGAGCCCCAGAGUACAUCCAUCGAGGACGCGAGAAACGAGAGCAGAUCCGCAGACAUCGAGGUGUCAGUCGGUCAUGAAGAGGAGACGGAUGACAUGACAGACGUUGUUGCUCAACCUGUGAGGAAGAAGGCCAAAAAACAUUCCAUUAGCGACUCUGUGAGAGAUCAAGAACCUCUCCACGUGCAAAACCAGAGGGAGUAUGAGGAACGCUUGCGAAGGGAAGCCAGAGAAGAGCAGAAGGAGGAGCGAGCGAGUCUUAUGGCCAUGUGGAAGGAGAUGAUGGAGUUUCAAGGGAACCUCUUAAAGGAGUUUAUUCAGCGUCCAUCUCUGCCUUCACUUCCAUCUUACCACAGACAUGCUCUUCACAACCAAGGACGCUCUAGUUUUCCAAGCACUAGCUACAUGGCACCGUACGACUCUCCAGGAGCUGAAACUGAGAAUGAAAGUGCAAUCUCACACGAGGAAGAGGAGGAGGAGGAGAAAUAUGUUAUUCCAGCCGAGACUGCACCCGUGUUGGACGUUCAGCCUGUUAACCGUGCAAACGACGGCCAAUCAAACACAGCAGAGACCGAUUCAGCAGGAAAGAGCGAUCUGGAGAUGUCUGUGCUACGCAGACAGGAAAUAGUCUUACAGCUUCAGGAAGAAUACUACUCACUCAAAAUCAAGUAUCUGAAACACAAGAUGGCCAAGGAUCCAUGACCGAACGCUAAAGAGGAGUGUUAACUGUUCUGCUCUUUCAAGCUGUGAAAACUUGCUUUGCAAAUGUAGAUGUUCUCAGCUGGACUGUGGAAAAUAUCAAUGUGUAGUUGUCUGUGCACCUCAUAUCUCUUGUAGUUCAUAUUACAUAUUUUGACCAGUAGAUGGCAAGGUGGUUACUUCAUAGAAAUUAACAGGUAGGUCUAGGUUUUUCUUUAAAUAUGUGAAUAUUUAUAAACAUUUGCUAAUUUUUAUGGCAGUUUACCAGCAGUUAUUGGUUUUUGGGACAUUAUUUUGCACAAUUCUCCCCAUUUUCUCCACUAUAUUGGGCUUAUUAUAAAUGAUUCAUUGGUUUAUGUAACACCCACUUUCACAAUCAAUUCCUGAUGGAUAACAGUCUUGCUCUACCUUUCAUUUUCUGUUUUGCACAUUACAGCAGUAAAAUGUGUUGCAAAUACAUUUUAAUGUUGACUAAAGGAAUUAACGUGAGCUGGA